AUGACAAAUCCGAUUUCACAAUUCACUCCUGCGAUCUGUAUUGUUGAAGGCAUAAUACAACGGAAACAAGCAUAUCUUCAUUCAUUUGUAAUGCAAACUUUGACGAAAUCAAUUGUGCCGGUCAAUUGUAAACCAGUAGUCCAAUUUGCUGUUUGUAAUGCGGGUGGUGAACCUAGUGACUGUCUCUUCGAAGCGGUUAAAUUCAUUAGAUUUCGUGGGGCAUUCAACUUAACUCCAACCAACGUGUUUCGAAGAUGGGCAUCUGAAGAAAUUAAGCAUAAUUCUACUUUACACCGUUACAUCGUCGAGAAGAGCGUCAAACAAUAUGCUGAAGAUAUUCAAAAGUCAAAGACUAGGGGUAGUGAUAUUGAAUUACGGGCGUUUGCCAAUUUACAUGACAUCGAAUAUCGUGUGUUGUGCUUGAACGCUAAUAAUGAGAUCGCAAAUACCCAACGAUUUGGAGAUUUCCACUUUCUACGCUGUGCCUACUUACUCCUCGAUGUCAAAAACAAUCAUUACUUGCCAUUAUAUCUGGCAAAGGAAGACUACGCAGUCGAAACGAUAUUUCGGAGUGAUGAUCCAGAUAUCGAACAUUUAUUAAAAGUAUUCAAACAACAAUAUUAUGAUGGAGAAUCUAUCCAAACAUUAGAUUCUACUUAUCAAGUUGUUCCGGAAGAUACAACAGUUGACGAAACCGAUAAUUUAAUAACGCAACAUUCAAGUGUGUUAUAUAACACGGAAACAAAUUCAUUAUAUUUUAACGUAACGCAACCAGAUUAUGUACGAGGCUGGAAAAGUUACAAAAUAUGUUUAGGUAUCGGUGAAUUGAAAAUAUCUAACGUCACUCCUAGAGUCCUUUGUAAAAAUGGUAAUGAAUUAAUCGUUGCAACUUGUAGUGGUGGACCAUUAGAAAAAGCUGACCAUCCCAAUCAACAUCAUGCAUGUGAUAACGGCAAGAAAGCGAAAAAACGAAGAGUAGAUGAAUAA